UCAGUGAACAAACAAAUAUCUGUCAAAAUAUUUUGUUGAGAUUGUGAAUGAUCAUUUCUAAAUAAUGAUAUAUUUCAUUCAUUCAAUUGAAAGUUGAUAUAAAAGACGGAAAAAUGACUGUUGUAGAAUUUUUUGGUUGCAUGUUUUUGGCAUUCGGCCCACCCUUCGCUAUGUUUGUAUUCACAGUCGCCCAAGAUCCUGUUCGAAUCAUAAUUAUGAUAGCUUCAGCAUUCUUCUGGUUACUAUCCUUACUGCUCUCAUCGUGUUGGUGGUUUAUAGUUUUCCCUCUACGAAACGAACUUGUGUUCGGUUUAGUGUUUUCCGUUCUAUUUCAAGAGUUCUUCAGGGGAAUCAUUUACAUGAUAUUGCGGAAAGCUCAGAAUGGAUUAACGAAAAUUGGCGAUGGUACUUCAAGUUUAGUCCAAAAUAAACACAUUGUUUCAUACGUAAGUGGACUAGGAUUCGGAAUAAUGAGUGGAGCAUUCUCACUGAUCAAUGUGUUAGCUGAUGCCGUUGGACCUGGAACGAUGGGAAUAAAAUCUGGAACUGAAAAGUUUUUCAUAACAAGUUCUGCAACAACAUUAUGCUUCAUAUUACUUCAUACUUUUUGGAGUGUGAUAUUCUUUGAUGCAUUGGACAAAAAAAAUAAGUCUCCUGUUGCAAUAGUGGUUCUAUCUCAUUUGUUAGCUUCUUGUUUAACUUUACUGAAUAGGUAUCAAGUUUAUACAGCCACAAUUCUACCUAUUGCAUUGAUUUGUGCUUUGACAGGACUUUUGGCAUUCAGAACUGCUGGAGGCUCUUACAGAAGUUUUAAAAGUUGCCUUGUUUUAAGAUAAUUCACUUAGAAUAAAUCAAUUCACUUGAUUUGUAAUAACAAAUCAAAAAUAAACUUUUAUUUAUCAAUGUAACCAAAAGAUGUGUGUGAAGAGUCAUUUUGAACUGAUGUUUGCAUGAAUUUUACAUUUUUGAUCAAUAUUUUAUGUUUGAAAUGUACAACAAUCAUUUUUCUAAUUUGUACUGAAUAGUAAUAAUUGAAACUGAUUAUACAUUUUGCUGUUGGUGUUUCUGAAUAUUCAGUGCAGGAAUUUUGCUUGGUGGUAUUCGAUUUAUUAUAAUAUUCUAUCACCAUGAGGCAUUUGAGUUGUAUAAUGAAUUCAAUUGAAAAUGGAAAUCAUUUUUCCUCCUGAAGAAUUUUGAUAUUAAUUUUUGCAAUUAAUAUUCACAUAUGUAAUUCUAAUUGCUUGUCAAACUGAAUAUUUAUAUCUACUUUGGUUGUACCUAUAUAAUCUAAAGUUAUUCAUUAAACAUUCAUAAUUUC